GUAUAGGAACACUUCUGUCAAUGAGAUUCACACUCGGAGCAUUUUACUGUCGGAGCCAUCUAGCAGAGGUCAAUUGAAAUCAGCUCUUCUUAACCAUCUUUAAGUUUCUCACAGAGCCAUGGUGAAGAAAAAGCGACUUCGUCUCAUCGCGGAGAUGGCUCGGAAGAUCCGCGCCUACCGAGAGCUGAAAAGCCGACCGCGGGAAUCGCAGAAGUACGCCCUCGACUAUGACACUAUGAAGCGGCCUCUUACGGGCAAGAUGCUACCCGUGUUGGCUUGGCAGGAUGUCCGCCGUGAGAGCCGCCUCUUCUCUCUCAUGGCCGGUAUGCGGAUGUUCGGAGUUGGUCGUGUCUUCACUCGCAAGUCGUGGCUGGAGGACCACACUGAGCCAAGUUACUGGCAGAUCACCAAAGUCAAGGUGGACUACACAGCUGAGAACAUGGAUCAUGGACAAGCCUGGGGUAUUCUGACCUAUAAAGGAAAAGAGGAGAAAGAGGUCAAGGAAGUAGACAAGGUGAUGUAUCACGACUGGCGACUUGUUCCGAAACAUUUGGAGCAACAAUUCAAAGACUUUGUGCCCCUUCCUGAGCCACCUGUUCGCUACGUCCCUUAUCCUCCGCUGCUGCGUGCCAUGAAACUGGCGCGACACAAGCAAAUGGAAGGCAGCGUUCUUACAGAGGAGCCUCUUAUGCCUCUAGAAAGGGACGUAGUGCUCAACAAGGAAUAUUUCCAAAGUCAAGACCAAGGGAGGAAGGAGAGACAGGAGACAGCUGUGUGAAACUAAAGGACGAGAGCCAUAUAUUGUGCUUUUUGUUCUCAAGAACGGACCUGUUUCCUUAUCAAAACUGACUUGUCAAUUAUAUUGUUAAAAUUAAAUGCAUAUAGUAUAUGCUGUGUAUUGUUUUUUUCCCCUCUGUUCUCAGAUUUGAGUAUGGUAGUUAGAGCAAGCUUAUGAGUUUUUGCCGGUGUUAGUCAACAAUUUGGACAAAGUGAAGGAGCAACGUUCGUCACUAGUUGGUUCAGAAUUCCAAUGUGACAACGGAUGAAAGGAAAUAAAUUUUGCCACUCAGUACCAUUGAUGUUCUUUUGGAAAGUUGGCGAUGAGCGACACUACUUUCUGGAGAAAUAAGGGACGGAAAGAUUUUUUGUUGUGGUACACAACAAUAAUGCAGAUAAAGUUUUAACUAGGGAUGUCCCGAUCAAAUCACGUGAUUGGAAAUCGGGCUGAUCGCGCCAUUUUUCAGAGGAUCGGAA